GACUUUGAAGAAAAAGUCGUCAAAAUUUUCCUGCUAGGAAGAAAGAGAUUGGAUUUGUACGGAAAUUCUCCUCUCAGAUCUACUGCAGAUUAGUGCCGUCAGACUUGAACUCGGCUACGGUUUAGAAUGAGCCAGCGGCGUUGAAUUCCAGCAAUGGAAUCAGAGACGGUGUCGUCGGCGGAUGAACAGCCGGCGGGCGGUUCGGUAGCCGAUACGCGAGGCAAGCACCAGAUUCUCGCAGAACUGAAGCGCGUCGAGCAGGAAUCAAAAUUCCUCGAGGAAGAAAUAGAAGAGCUUGAGAGAACAGAUAAUUUGUCCACAGUGUGUGAGGAGUAAGUAUAAGAAUUGAUUUUUUUUCAUUCUCAUGACAUAAAAAAAUGAAAAAUAGAUGUACGGUACUAUGAAUAUGUAUACACAUGCACAAUCAUUUGAGAGAUUGAAGGUUUUAUUCAUUUAAUGCAACUUUCCUUUUCAUAUGGUGGUUGAAACUUGGAUUUCUUAAUCUGGUUGGCUCAUUCAGCUGUCAAUUUGGCCAUUCGCUAUUUUUUAUUCACCCAUGUAUUAGUUAAUUCAGUACAGAUGCCUAUAGCACCAAAGUGUAUGGUGAGGAAUUUCAUCAGGAUGAACAUCUGUUUUGCUUUUGUGCCACAGGCUGCUGAAUGACAUUGAGAGCAGACCUGAUCCACUACUCCCACUAACACAUGGUGCUAUAAACUCAUCAUGGGAUAGAUGGUUUGAAGGGCCCCAAGAUUCGGAAGGUUGUAGAUGUCAGAUUCUCUGAUCUGAGGCUAUCUAACAUUUCCUGCUGAAACAUGGUCUACAUAACAGAGUUGUUAACGUCUUACAGCACAAUUUCCAUCUCUGUAACCAUUGAGUUGAUUUUUCCACUGUGUGCAAUACCACUGUUAUUUUUUGGAAUGACUCAUUGAAUUCACAACUUCAUGUUCUGAUAAAUUUUUUGUAAAUCAAUUAUAUCAACUGCAGUCAUGGGCUUCCAGACGGAUCAACAUUGUGCUCCUUCUGUCUUCAGUUAGUUUCCCUUAUGAGGACAGACUUUGACUG